AUGUUAUUGACACCUUAUAUGCUUAACAAAAAAUUAUUUAAUAACCAAACUGCGAACGGAAAAUGUUAUAACUCUAAUAGUCCUUAUCAUAGACGAAGGAAUUUAAAAAAACCCGAUUUUUCUUUAGAUGGAGAAAAUAUAAAGGGCUAUUCGUUAGGAAAAGAUGGUUUAUCUCUUGAUUCCGAGUUGGAUAUCAAAAAUUUAAAAGUUGAGCGCCUACCUUUUUGGUUACAAAGAAGAAAGCGUAACACAAGAUAUAUUAUUUCUGAAAAAUUAACUCUUUUGCUUGAGCAAAAAAAGCUGCAAGAGGCUGAAAUUUAUCUGGAAACUUCCCUAAAGCAGACCAGGACCCCUCCAGACACCGCUUUGUAUAACAUUUUAUUGGCUGGUUAUUGUGCCAAUUAUUGCUGGAACAAGGCUGAGGCUAUUUUUCGGAAGUUAUUAAAAUCAAAUUUGGCCAAUGACGCUACAUUUUUAAUUUUACUGAAUGCAUAUGCCUCCAGCGAGUGCCAUACUUAUGAGGAUGCACUCAAAUUGGUUAAUAAAGCAACUACUUUUCUUUGCUGUGGACUUUCUGUAUAUAAUACUUUAAUAAAAGUUGCUAUCUUUAAAGCUGAUAACCCAUACGAAUCUGUUAAAAAUAUUAUGGAAACCUUGAAACAGAGAAGCGUUAAACCCGAUCACAUAACUUAUUCACAAGUUUUGCGGAUGUUAUUAAAGCAACAGAAAUUUAAUGAAGCUUUUGACCUUUUAAAUAAACUUCGAAAAAUGCGAAGGUCGCGAGGAACUUCUUGCGAUUUUUUAUAUUAUUUUUUAGAACAUUGCAGAAAUGAAACUUCUACUGAAAAUAUAAAAGCCGUUAUCAAUUUGUUUGAAUCAGAUCUUUCGGUUAUAUUUUUUAAACAUUUUUGGUGUAUGAAAAAGUUUUGUACGUAA